AUUUAGUGUUUAGUUAAAAGACAGCAUCUGGAACGUGGAGAUUUUCAAUUUUACGUUUAGUCUAGAAACUUCAGCACGAUGCUGUCUAGUCUCGUAAAGCAGCACCAGACCCGUCAGCAAGCACGCAAAGAAUUGCAGGAAAAGCGGAAGCGUGAUGCCAUUGUGGCUGCAACAGCACUUUCUCAUGUUCUUGUAGAUCAUCUUAAUGCUGGUGUUGCUCAGGCCUAUGUAAACCAAAAAAAGCUGGAUACUGAAACACGCAUUCUUCAGGCCAAUGCUGCACAGUUCUCCAAGCAGACGAUGCAGUGGCUGAAGUUGGUGGAGGACUUCAAUACUGCUCUUAAGGAAAUUGGAGAUGUAGAAAAUUGGGCGAAGAGUAUUGAAACCGACAUGAGGACAAUUUCGUCAGCCCUGGAAUAUGCCUAUAGGAAAAGUGUAUGACUGAUUCAAGUGGAAUGAAUAAGGCAUCUUUAACAAAGAACAUACUCGAGCUGUGAAAGUGCAAUAGGUCAUCUCCCUUUGACUACUUUUUGUAUCUACUAAAUGGUGAUUAAAGUUUAUAAAAUGAAACAUGAUUUUGCAUAUUAUAAUUUAUAUAAUUAUUUAUAAUUUAUAAAAUGAAUCCUGAUAAAGAUCUUUAACAAAAUCAACAUCAGACUGGGAAUAAUAAAGUGUUCUUAACCAUCUUAAGCUGACCCUACAGAUAACUCUUUUAACGUACUCCCUAAUCCAUUAUGUUCUUAUUUUACCUCUUUUUAUUUAUUUACUUGUUUGAAACCAGAUCUUGAUUGUAACAGGUUUAAGUAGCCUGCCUCCUAUAAUACUGUGAGAGUAAGAACAACAGAGGUAGGCUACUUUUAAGUGUACAAAAGAGAAUUAUUAGGUGGCCAUCAUCUUGAGUUUCCAUAUGCACUAAGUCCAAUCCACAUGUUUAGACAUGGUGAUACCAAGUACCAAUCAAAGUAUGUUCAGACAUGAUCAUACUUAAAAGAAUUAAACCCUACCAAUUAUA